UUAAAUAAGAUAAAAACAUCAAAAUUCCUGUAGGUAAUAUUGAAGAGUUUUCCUCGAAAUCGGUCACAUCCUAUUGCCGUCGUUAUCAAAUCUCUGAUUUCAUUUGGUUUAUUGGAUAGGAUAGGUACAUUAUCUUAUCGCAUUAUUGCACGAUAGAGCGAUCGUGCAUAAUUAUGUCCUCUGUUGACAAAUAGCGCAGGAACUGUUUGCAAUGCGCCCAAAUCCGCGUUCCGAGUCACCGGCGCCGGUGUAUUGUUUAUGCUCGCAACUACUUCAUCAGUAAUUAGUUAAGCAAUCGUUUUUCCAUUUAAGCGCAUUCAGCAACUGACAACGACGAGUGUCAGCGUAUUCAACGCGCUCGCUUCUUUCGAAAAAGUAACCUCAAUUGUUGUAACAUCGUUAUCAUAAACUGCUACCGAAUGCGUAACGAUUGUUCCUUUGGCGCGUGGAACAAUUGAACCGUCGAGGAGCGUUUUAUCAUCGGCUCGUAAAUUAUCGGCACUCGUGGCUUCGGCGGCGUGAGUCAGGUGUCGCAGUAAACAGACACGGGGUCCCCGAGCCGGCCCGGCGACCCUCGCAUGGUCGGAUCGGCGCGAACAUUCGCGGCACGUCCUUUGUUGGCCGUUUUGUUUUGGAGUACCAUCCGGUUUCUGGUGGUAGGGGGGAGGGGACGGGUGGGCGCAGGUAGCGCGCGCGUCGGCAGUCAGUCCAACACGGCGCGCCGCACUGCGCGCGCGGCUCGCUCGCGACCGAUUCUCUAUCAAAUAUGGAAAUGGCCGGUCAGGCCGCGACAGGUGUGCGUGCGGCGUUCGUGCACGUGUACUGUUUGUGAGUGCCAGCGCUGCCCUCGGCUGCACCUCUCGACCUCACGAUUGUGCAAUGGAAUUGGAAAAUAUGACAAUGGAUUUAUCGAAUCGAUCAAAUGAACGCGUAACUAGUAAGUGGAUAGGCAAAUAAAGCUCCGGUUACACGCGUCAGGUCGACGGUGUGAGGAAAUACGUGCAAACUUGUUGCGACGUCAUUGAACAACCAC